CACUGCCUUUACUUUCAAAUUUUUAAUGGCUUCGAAUUCGAAAACCCCUGCAUAUAUAUUUUCCACGCUCCUUUUCCUUCUCCAACUCCACUUCUCCGCCGGGCAAACCGUCGUGAAAGCCGCAUACUGGAUUCCCGAUAAUGGAUUCCUGGUGUCCAGCAUAGACUCCACUCUUUUCACCCAUCUCUUCUGUGCCUUUGCCGAUCUCAACCCCAGCACCUCCCAAGUCACCAUUUCUUCCUCAAACUCGGCCCAGUUCUCAACCUUCACCCAAACCGUGCAACAAAAGAACCCUUCUGUUAAAACCCUUUUAUCCAUCGGUGGAGGAGACUCUGAAGCUUCGACCUUUGCUUCAAUGGCUACCCAAGCCAGUACCCGUAAAUCGUUCAUAGAUUCCUCCAUAAAGCUAGCAAGGUCUAACAACUUCCAAGGCCUUGACCUUGACUGGGAGCAGCCCAACACGAAGGAGCAAAUGACAAACUUUGGAUCACUCCUCAACGAAUGGCGAGCAGCCGUCGCCGCAGAGUCGAAGAGCAGUGGCAAAGCACCGUUGCUUCUAUCAGCGGCAGUCUUUUACUCCUCAGACUAUUACUCGUUGAUUUAUCCCAUUCAGGCAAUUUCAAACAGCUUGGACUGGCUCAAUGUAAUGGCCUAUGACCUCUAUACCGCUGCUGCGAAUAACUCACCGGAUAAGACUGGACCGCCUGCUGCAUUGUACAAUCCAACAAGCAAAGUUAGCGGCGAUGCCGGCAUCAGAGCUUGGAUACAAGCAGGCGUGGCAGCCAAUAAAUUAGUCCUCGGACUUCCAUUUUAUGGCCAUGGAUGGCGUCUGGUAAAUGCUAAUAACCAUGGAAUAUUUGCACCGGCUAAUGGAGCUGCCUCUGAUGGGUUGGGUUAUGGUGGAAUCAAGGAUUUCAUAACCCAGAAUAGCGCCACGGCAGUGUUCAAUUCAACGAUUGUUACAGACUAUUGCUAUGCCGGGACGACGUGGAUUGGUUAUGAUGAUACGCAGAGCAUCUCUACUAAGGUUACAUACGCUAAGGGAAAGGGAUUGCUCGGUUACUUUGCGUGGCAUGUGGGCGCCGACAAAAAUUUUGCUCUUUCUCAGACAGCUUCGUGUGCAUGGGGAGCGUAGAGAUUGAAUGAAUGAAGAAGCCUCUUAUUAUAUAUACACGUAAUAAGGCAAAUAAAUAACCAGAUAUAUAUGUUAUGUGUAAUUAAUAAGGCCUGGCCUAGUCGUAUUUAAGGAUGGUGUUUCCUGCUUCCAAUGAGAGGGAGAUUUUAGCGGCCGUUGAUGUUUAAGGGCCGGAGACUAAAAUUCUGUUUAAUUGUCACCGAUCAAAUAUCACUAUUUUCUUUUGUGAUGUU